CAGCUUCGGGGUCCGCCCGCCCCGGCCCCGUUUUUAUCCCCGCUCAUCCCCCGCCCCUCCCCGGGCAAACACGGCGGGGCCGAGGGGCAGCGCGGGGGGGCCCCGUGUCCCCUCCCGGGCCUGUCCCCGUGUCCCCAAGGGCCGGGGGGGCCCCGCCGGCCGAAGGUUGUCGCCUGUGCUGUCACUGACCCUCGGCCCCCCGCCGAGGACACCCCGGAAUGGGGACGCGCGGGCAAAGGGCAGUGGUGGCGCUGGCGACAAAAGGUCGGAGUCCCCCCGGUCACCUGUGGGGAUGGGGGACAUGGGGACAGCCCAGGGGACAAGGGGGGGGGGUGGCGACAGAGGUGGCGCGGGGAGGGGACAGCGGGCUGAGGAGAUGGGGACAGAGGGGACAUGGCGGGGGACACAGGGAGGGGACAGGGAUGUUCCCCCCUGGGGCAUGAGGGGGUCCAGAGAUGCGGGAAGGGGACACCAAGGGGGUGUUGGGACAGCGUGGGGGGGUGACAUGGGACACGCGGGUGGGGACAAGGGGUGGGGGAGGUGGCACAGGAGGGAACAUGGGGUAGGGGGAGUCCAGGGAUGCAGGGAUGGGGGCCAUGGAUGUCACAGGACAAGGGGCACAGCGCGGGUUUGGGGACAGGAGAGCGGCGCGGAACGCGCCCGCCGCGGAACGUCUCCGCUGGGGUGCGGGGCUCCGGAGGGGCCGCAUUCCGGCGCGGCCCCGCCCUCCCCGCUCAGCCAAUGGGCGGCGCGCGUUGCCCGCGGCCAAGAUGGCGGCGGCGCGCCCCCUGAAGGCGCUCCGGGCGGCGCCGCCCGCGAUGGCGGCGGCCCGCGGCGGCCCGUAGGGGCCAUGGGCAGCGCCGGCAGCCGCGCGCCGCGCCGCGCCCAGCCCCGCGGCAACCCCGGCAGCUUCGACGAGCUGCACCGCCUCUGCAAAGAGGUGUUCCCGCCGCAGAUGGAGGGUGUGAAGCUGAUCGUCACCAAGACCCUGAGCAGCCACUUCCAGGUGACACACACGGUGCACAUGAGCACCCUGGGCCCCUCCGGCUAUCGCUUCAACGCCACCUACGUGGGGGACCGCCAGCUGGGGCCCGCCGAGGUGUUCCCCACGCUGCUCGGGGACAUGGACAGCGCGGGCAGCCUCAACGCCCAGGCGCUGCAGCUGCUGGGCGAGCGCCUCCGCGCCAAGGCCGUGUUCCAGACGCACCAGGCCAAGUUCGUGACGUGGCAGUUCGACGGCGAGUACCGCGGCGACGACUGCACGGCCACGCUGACCCUGGGCAACCCCGACGUGCUGGGCGGCUCCGUGAUCGUGGUGGCACAUUUCCUGCAGAGCGUCACCGCCCGCCUGGUGCUGGGCGGGGAGCUCGUCUACCACCGGCGCCCCGGCGAGGAGGGGGCCAUCCUCACGCUGGCCGGCAAAUAUUCGGCCCCCGACUGGGUGACCACGCUCAACGUGGGCUACGGGGGGGCUCACGCCAGCUACUACCACCGGGCCAACGAGCAGGUGCAGGUGGGGGUGGAGCUGGAGGCCAACACGCGGCUGCAGGAGACCACCUUUGCCUUCGGCUACCAGCUCAACCUGCCGCGAGCCAACGUCGUCUUCAGAGGGCUCCUGGACAGUAAUUGGAGCGUGGGGGGGGUCCUGGAGAAGAAGUUGCCCCCCUUGCCUGUCACGCUGGCCCUGGGCGCCUUCCUCAACCACUGGAGGAAUCGCUUCCACUGCGGCUUCAGCGUCACCGUGGGCUGAGGGGACAGCGGGGACAGUGGGGACAGCGGGGACAGCGGGGACAGCGGAGACAGCAGGGACAGCCCAGGGACAGCGGGGACAGUGGGGACAGCGGGGACAGCGGGGACAGCAGGGACAGCCCAGGGACAGCAGGGACAGCAGGGACAGUGGGGACAGUGGGGACAGGGACAGGGACAUCAGGGACAGUGGGGACAGCAGGGACAGCAGGGACAGCAGGGGACAGCAGGGACAGCCCAGGGACAGCAGGAACAGCGGGGAUAGUGGGGACAGUGUGGCACUGUCCUGCUCAGGGAGCCACCAGGCCGGGCCACUGGGACACGGCAGGCUGGGGACAGCGAGUGACAGCGCCACGGGGGGGCUGGGGGUGGUGGCCUCAAGGGGCUGGGUGUCCCCAGUGACCACAGGGGCCUGGGUGUCCCCAUUGUUCCCAGUGCCACCUUCUGGGGGUGGCUGUCACAGGGCUGGGUGUCCCCAUUGUCCCCAGUGACCACGUGGGGCUGGGUGUCCCCAUUGUCCCCAGUGCCACCUCCUGGGGGUGGCUGUCACAGGGUGGGUGUCCCCAUUGUCCCCAGUGACCCUGUGGGGCUGGAUGUCCCCAUUGUCCCCAGUGAGCUCGUGGGGCUGGGUGUCCCCAUUGUCCCCAGAGCCUAUCACAGGGCUGGGUGUCCCCAUUGUCCCCACCCCACGGCAGCCGUGCUCAGUCUCCCCGCGGUGCCACACCCGGAUAAAUAAAGCAGCUUUACUCUGUGCCCA